CAGAGCUAAGACAACCUUUGGCUUAAAGAAUUAAAAUGAAAUACCACUUCUUCAAGUAAGAAGACUUCCUUCGAAGUUCCCUGCAUGAAAAAAUUACUUGCACUUUGCACGAAAAUCUUCUGUGAAAGAAGAAAAGGAAAUUCCGUGUGUGGGUCUCAGCAGGAGUUGAGCUGAUGCAGCAGCUUAAAAUAAUGCCGAAAAAGAAGCCCUUCUCUGCAGGCAGAGUGCCCCUGAUUCUCUUCCUGUGCCAGAUCAUUAGUGCCCUGGAUGUUCCUCUUGACCCAAAGCUUCUUGAUGACUUGGUACAACCUCCAACUAUCACUCAGCAGUCGCCAAAGGACUACAUUAUUGACCCUCGGGAGAAUAUUGUAAUCCAGUGUGAGGCUAAAGGGAAACCUCCUCCAAGCUUUUCCUGGACUCGUAAUGGAACUCAUUUUGAUAUAGACAAAGAUGCUCUGGUCACCAUGAAGCCUGGUUCUGGAACACUAAUAAUCAAUAUCAUGAGUGAAGGGAAAGCUGAGACCUAUGAAGGCGUCUAUCAGUGCACAGCCAGGAAUGAGCGUGGAGCUGCGAUCUCUAACAACAUUGUUGUCCGCCCAUCCAGGUCUCCCUUGUGGACCAAAGAAAGACUUGAACCAAUAACACUUCGAAGUGGUCAGUCAUUGAUACUUCCUUGUAGACCUCCAAUUGGAUUACCACCAGCCAUAAUAUUUUGGAUGGAUAAUUCCUUCCAAAGACUUCCACAGAGUGAGCGGGUUUCCCAAGGCCUGAAUGGAGACCUUUAUUUCUCCAAUGUCCUCCCAGAAGACACCCGUGAAGACUAUAUCUGCUAUGCCAGAUUUAAUCACACUCAAACCAUACAACAGAAGCAACCUAUUUCUUUGAAGGUGAUUUCAGUGGAUGAAUUGAAUGACACUAUAGCUGCUAAUUUGAGUGACACUGAGUUUUAUGGUGCUAAAUCUAGUAAGGAGAGACCACCAACAUUUCUAACUCCAGAGGGCAAUGAAAGCCUCAAAGAGGAACUGAGGGGAAACGUGCUGUCACUGGAGUGCAUUGCAGAAGGCCUACCUACUCCAAUUAUUUACUGGAUCAAAGAAGAUGGAAUACUUCCUGUCAACCGGACGUUUUAUCGGAACUUUAAGAAAACCUUGCAGAUCACCCACGUUUCAGAAGCAGACUCUGGAAAUUAUCAGUGCAUAGCGAAAAACACACUAGGAGCCAUCCAUCAUACCAUUUCUGUGACAGUUAAAGCGGCUCCAUACUGGAUUGUGGCACCUCAAAACCUCGUGCUAUCCCCAGGAGAGAAUGGAACCCUCAUCUGUAGAGCUAAUGGCAACCCCAAACCGAGAAUUGGCUGGUUAACAAAUGGAGUUCCAAUAGAAAUUGCUCCGGAUGACCCCAGCAGAAAAAUAGAUGGUGAUACCAUUAUUUUUUCAAGUGUUCAAGAAAGAUCAAGUGCGGUUUAUCAGUGCAAUGCCUCUAAUGAAUAUGGAUAUUUACUAGCAAAUGCAUUUGUAAAUGUGCUGGCCGAACCACCUCGAAUUCUCACAUCUGCAAACACACUGUACCAAGUCAUUGCAAACAGACCUGCUUUGUUAGAUUGUGCUUUCUUUGGGUCUCCUCUGCCUACCAUUGAGUGGUUUAAAGGAACUAAAGGAAGUGCUCUUCAUGAAGACAUUUAUGUUUUACAUGAUAAUGGAACAUUAGAAAUUCCCGUGGCCCAAAAGGAUAGUACAGGGACAUAUACAUGUGUCGCAAGAAAUAAAUUAGGGAUGGCAAAGAAUGAAGUUCACUUGGAAAUCAAAGAUCCAACCAGGAUCAUUAAGCAACCUGAGUAUGCAGUCGUGCAGAGGGGCAGCAAAGUGUCCUUUGAAUGCAAAGUGAAACAUGACCACACCUUAAUCCCCACCAUCCUGUGGUUGAAGGACAAUGGAGAGCUGCCCAAUGACGAAAGAUUCUCCAUUGACAAGGAUCAUCUGGUGGUAACUGAUGUAACUGAUGAUGAUGGUGGGACCUACACGUGUACAGCCAACACAACACUUGACAGAGUUUCCUCCAGCGCUGUCCUCAGGGUUGUUGCUCCUACUCCAACUCCAGCCCCCAUUUACGAUGUCCCAAAUCCACCCUUUGAUUUAGAAUUGACCAAUCAACUUGACAAAAGUGUUCAGCUGACAUGGACCCCAGGCGAUGACAACAAUAGCCCCAUUACAAAAUUCAUCAUUGAAUAUGAAGAUGCAAUGCAUGAAGCAGGGCUAUGGCACCAGCAGGCUGAAGUUUCUGGAACACAGACCACAGCACAAUUGAAACUGUCUCCCUAUGUGAACUACUCCUUCCGAGUCAUGGCAGAGAACAGCAUUGGGAGGAGUGUGCCCAGUGAGGUAUCUGAGCAAUACCUGACGAAAGCUGCAGAACCAGAUCAAAAUCCCACAGCUGUAGAAGGAUUAGGAACAGAGCCUGACAACUUGGUGAUUACAUGGAAGCCCUUGAAUGGUUUUGAAUCGAAUGGGCCUGGACUCCAGUACAAAGUGAGCUGGCGCCAGAAAGAUGGUGAUGAUGAAUGGACGUCUGUGGUUGUGGCCAAUGUAUCCAAAUACAUUGUCUCUGGCACACCAACCUUUGUCCCAUACCUGAUAAAGGUUCAAGCUCUGAAUGAUGUGGGGUUUGCUCCGGAGCCAGCUGCAGUUAUGGGCCACUCUGGAGAAGAUCUUCCGAUGGUGGCUCCUGGGAACGUGCGUGUCAAUGUAGUGAACAGUACCUUGGCAGAGGUACACUGGGACCCAGUACCUCUGAAGAGUGUCCGAGGACACUUACAAGGCUACCGGAUUUACUACUGGAAGGCUCAGGACUCAUCCAAAAGAAACAGACGCCACAUUGAGAAGAAGAUCCUCACCUUCCAGGGCAGCAAAACUCACGGCAUGCUGCCAGGGCUGCAACCUUACAGUCACUACACUCUCAAUGUCCGAGUGGUCAAUGGAAAAGGGGAGGGCCCAGCCAGCCCCGACAGAGGCUUCCAUACUCCAGAGGGAGUCCCUAGUGCUCCCUCAUCUUUGAAAAUUGUCAAUCCUACACUGGAUUCUCUCACUUUGGAAUGGGACCCGCCAAGCCACCCAAAUGGCAUCCUGACUGAGUACACCUUAAAAUAUCAGCCAAUUAACAGCACGCAUGAGCUAGGCCCUCUGGUAGACUUAAAAAUUCCUGCCAACAAGACACGCUGGACUCUAAAAAAUUUAAAUUUCAGCACUCGGUACAAGUUUUAUUUUUAUGCACAAACAUCUGUGGGAUCGGGCAGUCAGAUAACAGAAGAAGCAAUAACCACUGUGGACGAAGCUGGUAUUCUUCCACCUGAUGUAGGUGCAGGCAAAGUUCGAGCAGUAAACCCCAGGAUCAGCAAUCUAACUGCGGCAGCUGCUGAGACGUAUGCCAAUAUCAGUUGGGAAUAUGAGGGACCAGAGCAUGUGAAGUUUUAUGUUGAAUAUGGUGUAGCAGGCAGCAAAGAAGAAUGGAGGAAAGCAAUUGUAAAUGGUUCUCGAAGCUUCUUUGGGUUAAAGGGUCUAAUGCCAGGAACGGCAUACAAAGUUCGAGUUGGUGCUGAGGGGGCCUCUGGUUUUGUGAGUUCAGAGGAUGUGUUUGAGACAGGCCCAGCAAUGGCAAGCCGGCAAGUGGAUAUUGCGACCCAGGGCUGGUUCAUAGGUCUAAUGUGUGCUGUUGCCCUCCUCAUCUUAAUUCUGUUGAUCGUUUGCUUCAUUAGAAGAAACAAGGGUGGUAAAUAUCCAGUUAAAGAAAAGGAGGAUGCUCACGCAGACCCAGAAAUCCAACCCAUGAAGGAAGAUGAUGGAACGUUUGGAGAAUACAGCGAUGCAGAAGAUCACAAGCCUUUGAAAAAAGGAAGCCGAACACCUUCAGACAGGACUGUGAAAAAAGAAGAUAGUGAUGAUAGCCUGGUUGACUAUGGAGAGGGGGUGAAUGGCCAAUUCAAUGAGGAUGGCUCCUUUAUUGGACAAUACAGUGGUAAGAAGGAGAAAGAACCAGCUGAAGGAAAUGAGAGCUCCGAAGCACCUUCACCUGUCAACGCCAUGAACUCCUUUGUUUAAGUUGUUAAGCUCUGCAUCAACGUCCCAUUUCUCUGGAAAGUUUUUUCUGAGCACCUCUCAUCCCUCUCACUCCAUGGACAUAUGGGUAGAAAGGAUGUUUUCAGCUGUAUGUGAGUAUUAUGAGAACAAAGCAAGAACAUAACUCAGUCAAACAAUAUGCUGAUAGGAACUGGGGUGCAAAGUGUGUACUUUUUUGUUCGGAGUGGGUUUUCUCAAUUUCCUUGGAACUGAUUAAAAAAGAGUUCAACAUCAUCGAUAGGUCACAUUAUUCCCUGUGUGG